GCAUGCGCGGGAGCCCGGAUGUGGCUCAAUUGGCUGAAAACGAGCGGUACUACAGCGAUGGCGGCGCUCGGAACUGUAAAGGGUAGCAGCAAUUGGUUUUCGGCUUUGGCGCUCGGGGUGACGCUCCUCAAAUGCCUUCUCAUUCCCACCUACCAUUCUACAGAUUUUGAAGUACACCGAAACUGGCUUGCUAUCACUCACAGUUUGCCAUUAUCACAAUGGUAUUAUGAGGCAACCUCAGAAUGGACCUUGGAUUACCCACCUUUUUUUGCAUGGUUUGAAUACGUCCUGUCUCAUGUUGCCAAAUAUUUUGAUCAGGAGAUGCUUAAAGUCCACAAUCUGAACUACUUCAACUCAACGACCUUACUUUUCCAGAGAUUUUCUGUCAUCUUUACAGAUGUUCUCUUUGUGUAUGCUGUCCGUGAAUGCUGUAAAUGCAUUGAUGGAAGAAAAGCAAGUAAAGACCUUACAGAAAAGCCACAGUUCAUUCUGUCUGUGUUACUGCUGUGGAACUUUGGGUUGUUGAUUGUGGACCAUAUUCAUUUUCAGUACAAUGGAUUUUUAUCUGGAAUAAUGCUACUCUCCAUUGCACGGAUAUUUCAGAAAAGACAUAUAGAAGGAGCAUUUCUCUUUGCUGUUCUCCUACAUUUCAAGCACAUCUAUGUCUAUGUAGCUCCAGCUUAUGGUAUAUAUCUACUACGAUCUUACUGUUUUACUGCAAGCAAACCAGAUGGGUCUGUCCGAUGGAACAGUUUCAGCUUCAUUCGUGUUAUUUCCCUGGGACUGAUUGUUUUCCUAGUUUCUGCACUUUCAUUGGGUCCUUUCCUAGCUUUGAACCAGCUGCCUCAAGUCUUUUCCCGGCUCUUUCCUUUCAAGAGAGGCCUCUGCCAUGCAUACUGGGCUCCAAACUUCUGGGCUUUGUACAAUUCUGUGGACAAAGUACUAUCUGUCAUCGGUUUAGAACUGAAACUUCUUGAUCCUAACAAGAUUCCCAAGGCCUCAAUGACAAGUGGUUUGGUUCAGCAGUUUGAACACACAGUCCUUCCCUCAGUGACUCCCUGGGCAACAGUCAUCUGCACUCUGAUAGCCAUAUUGCCCUCUGUUUUCUGUCUCUGGUUUAAACCCCAAGGGCCCAGAGGGUUUCUCCGAUGUCUGAUUCUUUGUGCCUUGAGCUCCUUCAUGUUUGGGUGGCAUGUCCAUGAAAAAGCCAUUCUUCUCGCAAUUCUCCCAAUGAGCCUUUUGUCUGUGGAAAAAGCAGGAGAUGCUUCAGUCUUUCUGAUUUUGACCACAACGGGACAUUAUUCCCUCUUCCCUCUGCUCUUCACAACACCAGAACUUCCCAUUAAAAUCUUACUCAUGUUACUAUUCACCAUCUAUAGUAUUUCUUCACUGAUGACGCUAUUCAGAAAAGAAAGACCUCUUUUUAAUUGGAUGGAAACUUUCUACCUCCUUGGCCUGGGACCUUUGGAGGUCUGCUGUGAAUUUGUGUUCCCGCUCACCUCCUGGAAGCUGAAGUACCCCUUCAUCCCUUUGUUACUGACUUCAGGGUACUGUGCAGUGGGUGUCACAUAUGCUUGGUGCAGACUGUACGCUUCAAUGUUGACUGGCCCUCCUGUUGGCAAGACAAAGAAGCGAUGAAUAGAGGAGCUGCUUGGAUGUAGGCCAAGCAUUUAUUUCAUGGGAAAUUAAUCAGAAUUGCCGGUGGCGUGGGCCAUUCAUUUCAGCAGGUCUCUUUAGAGGAUCAUUCUUCCACACUUGGCCUUGCCCAGCCUAGCAACCUGAUUGUCACCAUGGUGAGAAGCCAUUUGCCCUUAAGCAGUAAAAUACAUCUAAAAAAAAUCUUGCCUUCCCUGUUACAGUUGUUUGAUACAUUCAGACUGCUCUGUUUACUGAAAGAAAAUAGGGAGUCUGAUUAACAGCAUAAUUAUCUAUGGCCUAUGCUGACUAUUGUGAGGAUAUAAAGCAUAAUUAGAUUCCUGAACUGAAGGAAAUAUAAUAAAUAAAAUGCCAUUUUGUAUUUCUGCAUGAAAUAUUUUUUGGUCUUCACCAGCUCGUACAUUUUCCUGUUGGCAUGCACACAGACAGAUGGUGUACUGUUC